CGUCUUUAGUCACCGUUCUUCCCGUGACAAAAUUGACGACUUACAAGUUAGACGAGUUCGGGAGAACGUCUUGAAAGGUCUGAAUGAAGCCCAUGACUUUUGUAAGAACUCCCGAGGUAUGUACUAUGACACUGACACGAAAGAUACGUCUAUCAUAUGUGAGGAGCUUCGCAUAUCGCCAGAUGGGGCUCACCUAGAUCCCCUGUCACCUGUUUUCUUCGAACCCCUGGAGGCUGGACAUGUCCCUUCUCCUUACCCUACCGAUGCCGAGACCCAGGAAGGGCUGAAUGCGAUUAACAAGAGAUGGGGAGAGGAGUCAAGAAUUCCACAGAAAUUGAAUGAUGAAGCCUAGAGUCUUCUAUUCAGGAUCCAGCAUUUCUUCAGACAAUUCCAGCGAGACGUCCCACUGGCCCCGGGUGACUCUUUAUCAAGUUUAAUGCACCUCGCAAAGUGGGUUCCUAUGGACAAUAUUUAUCCGGAGGCCGUCGCAGAUGAAUUUGAAUGGGCAUUGUGGUAUGCGGUCUGGAAGGCCAGAAAAGCGCUCAAUCUUCCACACACCAUGAUUGCAAAUAUGUAUAGAAGGGAGGCAGAUGACAAACUCCUUACGCACAAGGUCCUAAUCUUCUUGGCCGUUAUGAUCACCCGCCUGGGAGGCAACGACUUCGCCCGUCAUACUGUUGUGCCGAUCAUGGCUAUCACCGUAUUCGCCGGCUACAAACUAAGAAUCCUGCAAGCCCACUACUGUCUCGAGGGUCUCGUAAUUCGAAAAUCACACUUAUUGAGCUUCACUGACAAGGAUGUGGCACUUCCUAAUAUGGAUAUCGUGAUGAGGUUUAUGGCUGCUAAAAUGGUUGGAAACACGAAGAACUUGCAUGUAAUG